UGUCGCUGCCUGUGCAGAUUAAACAGAGGAUGAGUUCAGAGAGUGUCCGUGUGUGGGUGGAAACCGCUCCUUCCCAUUUCUCAUCCUCCAUGGCUGCUUCCCUCCUCUCCUUCAAUCUCCCCAAGCCCACUCCCAUCAAGCCCUCCGCCGCCGCAACAGCCGCCGCCGCCUCUGCGCUCGACAGCCUCAACGACAGGUUCGGCCGGAAGGGGAUCAAGUUCUCGGAGUCGGACGGCAGCGUCCCCGCGGUGGAGCUCACGGUCAGGAACGGAAGCUCCCUCAAGCUCACGAUACCAGACGCCCACGUCACCUCGUACAUGCCCAAGGUGUAUUGGAAGGACGACGGGUUCGAGGAGGUUCUGUACACGGUGAAUUCGCCGAGCAGAGUCAGGGGUGGCGUCGGGUUGGUGAUCAACGAAUUGGCGGAACUAGGGUCGCAAGGGUCGCCCGUGAUUGCUUCCGAGUGGACCGUGAAGGAUGUGGACUCGGACUCCAUCGAUGCAGUCCAGGUUGAAUUGAGCUGCACCUCAGGAGCGCUUGAAAUCACUUAUGUUGUCUCACUGUAUCCUCUGAGCAUGGCCACUGCCGUGAUCGUGAAGAACAAGGGUCGGAAGGAAGUGAAGCUGAACAGCGCGAUACUUAGUCACCUCAGAUUCAAGAGACGUGGAGGGACAGCGAUUCAGGGGCUCCGUGGAUGCUCCUACUGCACGCACCCUCCUCUCUCUUCUCCUUUCGAGCUCCUUUCUCCUGCUGAGGCAAUGAAAACCGAGUCCUCUGGAUGGUUCUCCUCGGAGCCUCAAGAAAAGCCCGGCUCAUGGACUGUGCAAGACGUGCCAAUCACCAUUCUAAAGAAUAAGCUUAGUAGGGUAUAUGCGGCUCCCCCGACGGAGAGACUGAAGGCUUUCUACAACACCGCACCCUCAAAAUAUGAAACGGUGGACCAGGGACGCGAGCUGUUCUUCAGGAUGAUCAGGAUGGGUUUCCAAGACAUAUACGUAGCAAGUCCAGGCUCUUUCUCGGAGAAGUUUGGGAAGGACUAUUUCAUCUGCACCGGACCUGCCUCGAUGCUGGUGCCAGUGGUCAUGAAACCCGGCGAAGACUGGAGAGGAGCACAGGUGAUCGAGCACGAUAACUUAUAACUGUAUAACUGCACCUAAUCAAUGGCCAUCAUUCAUUUUGUAUUCAGCCUAGCUACAGGAAUUUGACGAAAAUACAUAAUGGUAAAAGACUAUCACUUCGAUUUU